AUGGCAACUGCAGCACCGUCACCCCUGGCCAGCUCUGUUGAAAAGACAAAUGGAAACAAGCUGAGCAGGCUUCUCAUUGAUGGCGGAACAACAGUGCUGAGGAAUAUUUUCGAUUACUAUCACCCUCAUGCCAACUUGGCUGCUAAUCUUAGUUCUAAACAUAUUCAUUCCGUUCUUACUAGACUUCGGCAUAGAAACAUUCUGAAUGGUAGUCAAUGGGACAAACUGUUUCCACCACCAGGUGGAGGGCCACCAAACUCUAUUAACUUUGAUAUCACUCUUCUGUUCCUCUUGCUGAGGAACAUUUGCAGCCUACAUGCUCCCCUUUCAGGCUGGGACAGAAUGCCUCCCGUGAGUGACACCUCUUUUGAGGCUAACCUUGCUCGCGUGAAGUACUAUCGAAACGUGCUCUAUGGUCACGUGACAACAACUGGCAUUCAAACACCAGUGUUCGAUGUGAAAUGGCAUGAAAUAAGUUCCGUUCUUGUUUCGCUUGGUUUAAGUCAGUCUGAAGUGGACAGAUUAAAGCGAGAGCCUUGUGGAGAGGACUAUGUCAGCGCUGUUAUGGAGUGGACGAAAAGUGACGAGGAGAUCCAAUUCCAGCUGAAAAAUCUACUUACAAAACAACAACAAGUACUCCAAACUCAACAGGAAGAUCACAGAACUCUUCAAGAUACACAACAAACGGUUGGCAGAGUGGAACAGACGCUUCAAGAUACACACCAGGCAGUUGGCAAUUUGCAACAAAUGUUACAGGAAGUUCGGACAACCCAACAAGAAUCGCAGCAGCAGAUAAAGCGUGAGGCUGCAAACGCUGAAGAAAGAGGAGAUAAAGCUGAAGAGGAUGAAGUUCUGAGAAAAUUAGCAAAAGUUAAUACCGAGAGCGUCAUCCAGUGUCACUCUGAGAAAUACCAGGAGGAAACGUGCUUACUCAUCUUUGAGAAGAUCAGGUUGUGGCUAGACGACCUUACAUCUGAAAAUCGUGUGAUAGUAAUCAGUGGAGAUGCGGGAAUGGGCAAAUCAGUGAUCUCCGCUGUCGUUUGUCAGAGAAUGCAACACGCUGGUCGGCUCUCAGGAAGUCACUUUUGUCAGCACAACAAGGAACGUUACAGAAACCCGAAGGUGAUGCUGCAGUCGUUAGCUUGUCAGUUGUGUGAUGAUUUACCAGAAUACAAAAGUGAACUUGCGAAGAAACUUUCUAGAAACUUGGGUGUGGACAUUAACAGCCUAGAAGUUCAGGAGUCGUUCGAAUUUCUUUUCGAAGAGCCUUUACGCCACGUAGGAGACCCUGGGAGAAAUUUGCUGUUAGUUAUUGAUGGCCUGGAUGAAAGUGAAUACAAAGGCCGCAAUGAUCUGCUAGAUGUCGUAGCCAAUCAUUUUUGUAAACUUCCUGUUUGGUUCCGGUUUCUUGUUACCACUCGACCUGAAGUAAAUAUUGCAGAUCGUCUUAAAAAGUUUAAUCCUAUUCAGUUGAAGCAAGAUAACGAAGAAAACGUGAAAGACAUCAGACUAUUCCUUGAAAAACAGUUGAGCAGCGUUAUUCAAGCGGGUUCUAAAGAGGUCGUUAUCGAUGCACUGGUCCGAAAGGCUGCAGGGCAUUUUUUGUAUGCUUAUUUGAUGGUCGAUUUUAUCAAGAAAAACUUUUCACUUCUCACCCCCGAGGAGUUAGGAAGAACCUUACCUUCAGGUGUAUCGUCUGUUUAUCAGUCCUACUUUGAACGUUUAGAGAAAGAAUUGAAAAUUAGUGAGGACCAGUUUUUGACUUUUCUAAGUGCUCUGGCGGCUGCAAGAGAACCGCUACCACUAGACUUUGUUUCUAAGAUGAUGCUUUCGGACUCGAAGUUCCCAUCUGGUCCUCGGAAUGUAACAAAAGCUAUCAACUCUAUCUCAACCCUUCUACCUGUUCAUGAUGACUGCAUUGUGUUCUUCCACAAAUCAGUUAAGGACUGGUUGACAGACAGAACUGCCUACGGGCAACACAACUUCUCUGUGGAUGAAAAGCAAGGUCAUUUCAUGCUUUCUGAGCUCUGUACUAAUAAACUGAAUCACGUGAAAAGAAAAGGCGGUCACGGCACAGAAUUCAGUGACACUGCAAGGUACGCCCUACAGCAUGGUGUUUAUCAUAUGCUUGAGUCGGAAGAGGUGGAAGAGAGUACAAGAAGCUUUGAAGAAAUCGUUAAAAACUAUGUCACCGACUUAGACAUUGUGUAUGCAAAGCUUUGUGUAAACAAUACGGCUAGUUCUGAAGACAUUGUCCUUACUCAGAAACAAGAAGCUUUUCAGUCUUUGAGUAGUGAGAGCCGAAAAGCCCUUGGCACGUUGUUUUCUCUCUUAAGAAAGUACCAUCGAAGACUUUCGACGCAUCCUAGUACAAUAUUUCAAGUGAUGCUGAACGAGGGAGGGGACAGUUUUGCUGGUGAAGCUACGAAAAUUUUACGGAGUCGUGAAAUACCAUACAUGGAGUACCUUCAUAAGGAAGCUUUGAAGGAAUUGAAUAAGACGCAGGCUGAGUUUCCCUGUAACUCCAGGGUUGCUUGUUUUGAUAUUUCACCGAAGCAGGAGUUCAUGGUUUGCGAGUGCACUGAUGGGAUGAUUUACCUUUGGUCACUCAAAACGGGUGAGCAAAAGUGGGUACGGCGGGUUGAGGUCAAGAAAUUCUACGGUGACCUUAAUGACCACUUAAGAGUGGUAGCAAACUCAGAUGUUUACUCAUGUUAUCGCUCUGUUGUUUUUCACCCUACUGAGCCCAUUGUUCUUCCUGGAAUCCUUAGCCAUGCUUACUCGUUUAAAGGAAACCUCCAACCUCUGUUCCCAAAAAGCAACUGCAGAUUUUCUGUUUGUUCAGUUCAUGGGGACGAGAGCAAAAUUAUCACCGAUUGCCCUGGCGAUGCUAAAUGCCUUGUAAUGUGGAAUCUAAAAAAUGGUGAAGAGAUCACUCGAACCAUCAGAAAUGAAGAUGUUUUGUCUUUUGCUUGGUCUCCUGAUGGAACGCUUCUGGCAAUUUCCCAUUGUUCGGGACCGGUAUGUUUGGUUGACGCAUUGAACUGCUUAGACACCACUCUCGCAGAAGUCGCCACCAAACAACCCUGUGGAAUGAUAAAGUUUACCCCUGACAUUCAAUUCCUUUUUUGUUUGUCUCAGCCUAUUCUACUAAGUAAAGACGAGUUGCGAAUGUUAAGUUUUCCCUUAAACGUCAUUAAGUUGCCUUGUGGUACCUUUUCCUUGAAAGUUUUAGACGAUGAUUUUGGCCAGGAUCUAUGGAAUUCCGAAUCAUCUAGCAAAGGUGGAUUCUUGAUGGGAGAUCCUAUGUUUUACAGGAUUUCCUCGCGCGUUUUAUUUGAGUCGUUUGCAUUUGCUUUUGUGUUAAACAAACAAAGUGUGUUAGGGGUACUUCCUGGCAACAGGGAAAUUACAAUGUUUAAACAUGAAGAUUAUCCGAGGCCCCCCUGGAAUUCUCAUUUCUUUUCUCUUCCCUGUCGCAUUGCCUUCGCUUUAGAUGGAAAGACCAUUUAUUGUACCACUGAAGGGGUUGAAGGCGUCCAAGUGGUAUCUUUGGAUGUGUCGAGUGGAGAUCGUAAAGCAGAGAAAGUGAUACGUACACCUGAUGUUUUCCUUGUACCUGUGUCAGAGGGUGUCCUUUUGAAAGAAACUGAACCUGGGGCAGAUGUUCAGCUAUGGAAUUUUGAGUUGUCACAAAUAGUCCGAAGUUGGCCUAAUUUAAGCGAGGUUAGGGAUAUAAAGCCAUUUUCAGACCGAUGUGUAGCGUGUGUGGGGAGAGAUUUUGAAGUAACCAUCCUGGACACAUCAAAUGGAAACAUAGUGAAGACCAUCCCACUUUGUCACGAGGGUUUCCAGUCACCAUAUUGGUUGCAUGAAGUACCCAUAGUAUGUAACAGUAAAUAUCAGCUGCUAUGCACCACUCGUAGGUCAGUUCAGCUGUCAGAUGGCAAAAAAGAACUAUGGAAGAGAACUGUGGAAUCAAUUCGUCCAUAUCACGCACCACCUGCGAUGUUUUCUCCAACAGAGGAGUUUGUCCUUUUCUCUGAGUCGAAGACAGAAGUACUUGUGCUGGAAGCAUCUUCAGGAGGGUAUCUCCGGACGCUAUGUACCGUUGACAGUAUCGUUGACUUUGCCUUUGUAAGUAAGACGGAAUGUGUUAUCGUCUGCGAGAAUACUUUAGGGAGUUAUUGUCUUCCGUUGUUUAAUGUUAGCACUGGGGAUUUCCUAACUGUUCUUGAUAUAGAUUUUAAACCGUACCGGUGUCUGGCUUCCUGUCCACAAAAGGGUUUGAUCGCUAUUGGCCUUAAGGACUCCAAAUGUAUGUACGCAGUUAUCCAAGUAAAACAGCUGCGAGACAAAGUAAACCGGGAAGCAAAAGGUGAGCAAUGCGUUUUUUUCCUUAUCGUUAGUCGAAGAAUUGCUAAGUUUACGUAGCGUCGACAGAUCACACCUACGUUAAAUUGACAAUAUUAGUUCCCAAAAAGGAGCUUGUGUGAAGGAUAGUGCAGUUUGUGGAUAUUAGUGGGGUCGAGCCUCUAUUAAGCAGCCACUCUAUUUAGCAGCCUGUUACUAGAUUCCCUGCGAACAAAGCUGUAAGAAGUACCUUUAUUAGGCGGCCACUUGUCCCUGCGAACAAAGCUGUCAGUAAAUCACUGUAAAAAGUACCUUUAUUAAGCAGCCACUCUAUUUACCGGCCUGUUACAAGAUUCCCUGCGAACAAAGCUGUCAGUAAAUCACUGUAAAAAGUACCUCUAUUAAGUAGCCACUCUAUUUAGUGGCCUGUUACAAGAUUCCCUGCGAACAAAGCUGUCAGUAAAUCACUGUAAAAAGUACCUCUAUUAAGUAGCCACUCUAUUUAGUGGCCUGUUACAAGAUUCCCUGCGAACAAAGUUGUCAGUAAAUCACUGUAAAAAGUACCUUUAUUAAGCUGCCACUCUAUUUAGCGGCCUGUUACAAGAUUCCCUGCGAACAAAGCUGUCCGUAAAUCACUGUAAAUAGUACCUUUAUUAAGCAGCCACUCUAUUUAGCGGCCUGUUACAAGAUUCCCUGCAGACAAAGCUGUCAGUAAAUCACUGUAAAAAGUACCUUUAUUAAGCAGCCACUCUAUUUAGUUGCCUGUUACAAGAUUCCCUGCGAACAAAGCUGUCAGUAAAUCACUGUAAAAAGUACCUCUAUUAAGCAGCCACUCUAUUUAGCGGCCUGUUACAAGAUUCCCUGCAGACAAAGCUGUCAGUAAAUCACCGUAAAAAGUACCUUUAUGAAGCAGCCACUCUAUUUAGCGGCCUGUUACAAGAUUCCCUGCAGACAAAGCUGUCUGUAAAUCACUGUAAAAAGUACCUUUAUUAAGCAGCCACUCUAUUUAGCGGCCUGUUACAAGAUUCCCUGCAGACAAAGCUGUCUGUAAAUCACUGUAAAAAGUACCUUUAUUAAGCAGCCACUCUAUUUAGCGGCCUGUUACAAGAUUCCCUGCAGACAAAGCUGUCUGUAAAUCACUGUAAAAAGUACCUUUAUUAAGCAGCCACUCUAUUUAGCGGCCUGUUACAAGAUUCCCUGCAGACAAAGCUGUCAGUAAAUCACUGUAAAAAGUACCUUUAUUAAGCAGCCACUCUAUUUAGCGGCCUGUUACAAGAUUCCCUGCAGACAAAGCUGUCUGUAAAGCACUGUAAAAAGUACCUUUAUUAAGCAGCCACUCUAUUUAGCGGCCUGUUACAAGAUUCCCUGCGAACAAAGCUGUCCGUAAAUCAGUGUAAAAAGUACCUUUAUUAAGCAACCACUCUAUUUAGCGGCCUGUUACAAGAUUCCCUGCAGACAAAGCUGUCAGUAAAUCACUGUAAAAAGUACCUUUAUUAAGCAGCCACUCUAUUUAGCGGCCUGUUACAAGAUUCCCUGCGAACAAAGCUGUCAGUAAAUCACUGUAAAAAGUACCUUUAUUAAGCAGCCACUCUAUUUAGCGGCCUGUUACAAGAUUCCCUGCAGACAAAGCUGUCUGUAAAUCACUGUAAAAAGUACCUUUAUUAAGCAGCCACUCUAUUUAGCGGCCUGUUACAAGAUUCCCUGCGAACAAAGCUGUGCGUAAAUCACUGUAAAAAGUACCUUUAUUAAGCAACCACUCUAUUCAGCGGCCUGUUACAAGAUUCCCUGCAAACAAAGCUGUCAGUAAAUCACUGUAAAAAGUACCUCUAUUAAGCAGCCACUCUAUUUAGUGGCCUGUUACAAGAUUCCCUGCCAACAAAGCUGUCAGUAAAUGACUGUAAAAAGUACCUUUAUUAAGCAGCCACUCUAUUUAGCGGCCUGUUACAAGAUUCCCUGCAGACAAAGCUGUCAGUAAAUCACUGUAAAAAGUACCUUUAUUAAGCAACCACUCUAUUUAGCGGCCUGUUGCUAGAUUCCCUGCAGACAAAGCUGUCAGUAGAUCACUGUAAAAAGUACCUUUAUUAAGUGACCACUUGUCCCUUCCCUGAGGCUGGCCGCUGGCCUCUUUACCCUUCAAGUCUCAAGGGUGACCUAUCUCUAGUAUCCCCUAACAAUAUCAAUACAUCAUCAUAAAAAAACGUUACGAGAAGUGAUGAAAUGAUCACCUAAGAGAAAAUGCUUUGAUCUUUAACCAGAUUCUCUCGACUAAUUGUUUAAGGAAAUUUAAAUCUCAAUUUUUCCCCAACAAUAUCAGUACAUCAUCAUAAGAACGCGUUUUGAGAAGUGAUGAAAUGAUCAUCUGAGGGAAGAUGCUUUGAUCUGUUAUCAAGUUGUCUCAACUAAUUCUCUAAGGAAAUUUAUGGAGAUCGGUGUAGAGAAUUUGUAUGUCGAUAUUGGAGCUUAUAUAGGGUUGACAGAGGUUCUACUGUAUUUCCUUCUCCAGCGAGAUUCCUCAGCUCCAGAAACUUUGUGAACCUUUAAAAACUUUGCCAGUAGCUUUAUUCUCAGUUUUCAAAUAUUCUUGCAGAUUUGGUAGAUAACAUAGAUCUUGUUUAAUUAACAGAGAUGUAAUAAUUGUUCCGUCUUCCUUUGUUAUCUGGGACCACUAAUGAAUUUAGUGGGAUUUCAGAUCCUUACAUAAGUAGGUACUUUCUGAUUGCAUGCGGAAAUUAAGUAUUGUCUAUUGCUUUUGGUAUUUGCAUUCAGUUAUCCCUUUCCAUAGUAUCCAGGAAAUUUUCACUGAAGCAAUCACAAAUAAGUGGCCUUUAUAGUUUCGAUAGUAUUAUUUGUAUACAUCAACUGAGAAACUGAUUCAUCGUCUUUUAAUGUUUUGCAGUUUCCGAAAGCUCAACACUUUGAGACAAAAGUUGCGCCGCAGUGUGUCGACCUGGCAACGAAUUGUGAGUGCAAGGUUCUCUGUUCUCUCCCAUUCCAACUGUGAUUGAUUGACCAUUUUCCUUAUUUCUUUGUGACUGGGGAGACCAGGCUUCAUAGGCCUUCUGGUUUCUUCUGGGCUCCCUUGCCAACUAACAAUUCUUAUGUGUAUUUUGCAUUGUAAUUUACUUUGGCUAAAUAAAACUGAACUGAACUGAAAUUGUAAAACGUUUUAGUAAAUUAAGUGGAGUUUCGUUGCAAAAAAAUUGCUGCUGAGGAACCGUUAUGUGCUUACCAAUGAUCAGGAAUCAGCGUGUAACCAGAACAUUAUUUUAAUAGCAAACGGGUAGGCAUAUAACCAGGAUUAUAAUACGGGAUUUUUACAUCGGAAAGACUCUAGUGGCAGCUGACUCAGUUAAAUUGAACUGAACAGAACUGUUACUGCUAACAGUCUCUCACAAUUAUGGUAGAUGUACUUGAUAUUCUUUUGUACUUUUAGAAUGUAUCUUUUAACUACGAAUUUUUAUAUACCUCUGUCUAUUCUAUUCAGAACCGUUUUAUUUUUUAUAUUUUUUUAGUUGUGGAUCUACCAGUACUUGUGCCUAGUAAGUAGAACUCAAUAAGUUUGUUUCUAUUUUUUUUUUAUUGAUGGUUGUGGUAGUGUUUUUCGUCUUACUUUAUUGCAAAAUGGUUUUGAUGUUAUAACACGUACUUAUUAAUCUUGCAGUUUGGAUCCUAAACAUUUAUGAUGGAUGUACGUUCAGUAUCCAGGAAUGGUACGUGAGCGGCCAGUCUUUUAUUGACACAUUGACAGGAGGUGGAUUGAACAACACGCUGUAAAAAAAAGCCCUUAAAAAUGGAAAAGCUUCGAAAAGUACGCCAUCAACAGUAUGUUUACCCUUUUAAUUAAAUAUUCAUCUUUUAGCAACGUUUUAACAUCGUUUAAAGAUUUACAGUAAUUAUUAGCAAGGAAACCAGAAAACCUCUAGAACUGAUACAGAGUAUCGUAAGCAAUAGCUUAAGGUUUACAUUUGGAGAGGUUCUAUUAACAUUGGGUGAAUUAAAAUUUGUAAAGCAAACUUACAGAAAACAUGUACAGUAUCAUAAUCACAACAGAUUAAGGAAUAUUUUUAAGAAUUUCCUUUUGGUGCUGUUAAAUGACUAUGUUAGCGAUUAAAACAGAGUAGUGUUAAAGAACUAUGUAGGUUCAUUUUGUAAGUUUGUGAUCAGUUUAUUGUAAAGUUUAUGGUUGAAAUAUAGUUUUUUGUUAACAUCAUUUUGACUGAAGUAACAGCUUCUCGUUUUUACAUGAAGAAGCUUCUUUUUAGAUUUGACAUUUUCUUAGUUGCUAGUAAAACGGAGAACCUGAAGUUAAUGUUCUAAUCCGAGUUUCGAAAGCAAGGUUCAAGGUAUAUUUUAGAAGAGGAGGAUUCUAGGCCUUAGUAUUAGCAACUCAAGUAUACAAGACAGAACAGCACUAUAACAUGUGUUCAGUACAUAUAAUCAUUUUUAUAUUUGAUUUAUGCAUCAGUCAAUUCCUCCUGCGCCCAGCCCCCCCCCCCGGGCUACUGCGGGGCAUUUGCCCGCCUUGUCAGUCCCGGGGGUGGGGCAUUUGCAAAUUUUGCACUACCCGGGGGCCGGGCAUUUGCCAACCUCCGGGCCAUUCCCGAGCUUUUGACACGCACGCGGUUUCCUAUCAGAAUAUAACUACACAGAAGGUUUUACUGGAAAAAAAAAGCAGAUUGGCUCAUCUGUCAAGGACAGGAAUAAAUUGUAGAGGGUUGUAAAGGCAUGUUCUCUAUUUUACAUGUAUGUAUGUAAUUCUUCAUUGCUUAUCACGCCAAAAUUACGUAGCGAAAUUGGAGCUAUCGAUGUGAAUCAACGUUUUUUGGUUAUUGAAUCAAAAUUUCUGUUGAUAUUAUUUGAAGAACACCCUGUCAGUCCUUUCAUAUUUAUAAAACUAUUCAUAGCAUUUAACUUUACAGCGCUCUAUUAGUUUUAAUGUCAAUAAUUUUAUAUCAAUACUAAAACCAUAAACUGGUGCAUGUCGUCGCGGAGUGAAGUCUUAAUUAGAAUCCUAGCGCUAUUACAGAGGAAGACGUGAAUUGAAACAAAAAAUCGCACUUUAAAAUGGCACUAUUGGACUGUGCGAUCAAUAAAAAAUGUUGCACUGUUGACGAAGGACGGGGCAUUUGCCCUCUUUUUUCUUCCCCACCCCGGGGGUUUUGCCAGCUCAAGAGUCCCCACCCCCGGGAAUUUGCCAUCCAAGGAAAAAAAAGGCUAAUUCCCGGGGGUCAGCCCGGGGGGGGCCUGGGCGCAGGUGGAAUUGACUGAUGCAUUAGCGCAAAAAUCAUAAGAACUGAUUUAGUAUCAUUAUCAAUAGCUUACCGUUUGUACUUGAAGAUUUUUCUGUUAGUUCAAGGCUUAGUAUUAGUAAGUAGGACAGAAAAACAGAACUUAAUGUUCAGUUUCAUAAGAAAUAGCUUUACUUUUAUAUUUAAAGGACCGUUGACUAAACCUGGAUCGGACCGGGUCGGUUAAACCCCUUUAACACUAUUUCUAACCGUACAUCAUGCAUGUCUUUUCUUGAGUUAUAAGCAAUAGCUUUAGUUAAUUUGUAUUUGAAGAGUUUAGAUUUAGUACAAAAAUCGUAAGAACUGAUUCAGCAUCGUUAGCAGGCUUAGUAUGGGCAUUGAAUACAGAGGAACAACAGAACUAGUGUUCAGUUUUAUUGGCAAUAGAAAAUCUGGAUUGGACCGGACUCAGGAUCAACGUUGGUCACUCUAUCCCUAACCUUUUGUUAUUUAGUGAGUUACUGCGGUUUAUUCAAUUCCGGCGGUCCGAUCCGAGGGUUGUUGACGCCUUACUUAAGUUUUUUAUAUGAAAUAGCUUCUACAAUUAGCAAGUCAAACAAGAAACCUAAAGAAAUGAUGUUCAGUAUCAUCAUGACCUGUCGCUGAAGGUUGAUAACUGAAGACUAGAGUUUUUUGUCGUAAUAAAAUGACUUAGUUUAGCGAGUUAAAAGAAACACCCAAGAACUUACUUUUAGUAUCAUAAGCAAUAACUUAAGUUUCAUAUUUCAAGAGUUCUUUAUUCUUAUUGGUGUCAUUAAAUGGCUUAGAUCGAAUUAGCACUCUUAUUUCAUCAUUACGUCCUGUAACUUAAGGUUGUUAAUUGCAGAUUUUUUUGGUGGUAAUUAUUAGUUUAGCAAAUGAAAAGGAGAACCUAAGAACUUACAUUCAGUAUCGUAAGUAAUAGUUUAAGUUUUGUAUUUGAAGAGUUCUUUACUUUUAUUGGUGUCAUAAAAUGGCUUAAAAUAAGCACUCCAAGUGUAUUAACAUGAGCUGUCGCUUAAGGUUGAUAAUUGCAGUUUUUUGUGUCGGUAUUAUAUGACUUAAUUUAGUCAGUGAAUAGAAACACCUUAAAACUUACGUGUAGUGUCAUGAGCAAUAGCUUAAGUUUUACAUUUGAAAAGUUUUUUAGUGGUGUCUCUAAAUCGCUUGGAACCAGCACUAAAGAAGUGAUGUUCAGUAUCAGGUAUCAUGAUUGACCAGUAGCUGAAAGAUGAUAGUUGUAGAGCUUUUCGUUGGUAUCAAAGUAAAUGACUCAGUUUAGCAAGUGAAAAGGAAAACCUAAGAACCUACUUUUAGUAUCAUAAGCAAAAGUUCUAUAUUUAAACAGUUCUAUAUUUUUAUUGGUGUCAUUAAAUAGCUUAGAUCGAAUUAGCACUCCAAGUGCAUCAUCCUGACCUGUAUUGCUAAGGUUGAUUAUUGUAGAGUUUUGUCAGUAUUUUAUGACUGUAGUUUAGCAAGGGAAAAGGAAAACCCAAGAGCUUACAUUCAGUAUCGUGAGCAAUAGCUUAAGUCAUAUUUUUUUAUUGCAGUCAUUAAAUGGCUUAGAACUAGCACUUAGUAAAACAGAACCUUAAGAAGUGAUAUAUUUAGUCAGCUGGUUUAGUAUCCGGCAUCAUGACCAGUAAGGACGAUAGUUGUAGAGUUUUUUGUCAGUAUUAUUAAAACAAAUUAGUCAGCAAGUGAACGGAAAAAUCUUAGAACAGGGGCGUAGCUUCCUUUAAGCCAUUAAGCCCGGGUUAAAAAAAAUUUGGGUUAAAAUGAGCGUAUAUAAGGGAAGGUACAUUUUUAAUAAGGGGGAGGGCUGGGUCGUAGAGGCAACUAUACGAUCCUUCCCUGACUAUGACAAGCUUCCUGAUUACCAUUAUCUACCACUAUCAGCAACAUCUAUCGAUGGUCGUGAACCUGAUGAUUUUCAGCCCCAAGCUCAAAUGAAAAGAGUGUUCCACCAAAACAAAUUAAAUCCAGGAGACGACGAGACAAAAGCUGAAUUCUCUCGGAACUGUAUUGUCCCGCAGAAGUUUGUGAGGAAGGACUAUGUUGAUCACCUUGCUCAAAUUGAAAUGCGUAAGGAUAAAGCGAAAAACUGAAAGUGAAAGGCAGCAAACGCAGUGGUUGGAACAAUUGUAUACUUCUGACCAAAUAUCGUCGUGGAAAGUUCAUGAACAUGGAAUCGUGUUUAAGGGGAAAAAGCCGGAGCAAGUGGCAUAUAUAAAGUACAUGUCGCUAGCAGGAUCUUAUCAGGCAUGGAGAAAGGGACUCCAAUGUGUGAAGAAACGUCAACUUUGGGCUCAGAAAGUGAUGAAGAGGAAAGGAUUGUAGGCUCUGAAACAUUGUCAACAUCAUCAAGAGAAUUGAGCGAUAUAAAUGACAGCCCUGUACUGCAUACAGUGGACACAUCAACGUCAAGGUACGGCCGAAAGAGAACACGGGUCGUCUGGCGUCCGAGACAGUUACGUGCCAUGGCAGAACAAGAAGAAAAAAGAAAGACAGAAAGAGUGAAUGAAUCUAAUGAAUGAACUGUAAUAAAACUGCUGUUUAACAGGAAUCUUGAGUAAUUACAAGUUCCCGUUCAAUAGAAAGGACUGGUACGAAGCUUUAAAAUACGAAAGAAUGACAUCAGUGUGGUAGCUGAACACAUUUUCACAAACCACUGUGAAAAAAAAGCGUUGACUCUCCCCUAAUAGUUUUUAUAAUAAGGGUUGACCCUCGCCAAGGGUCCCAUUUUUGCUUUUUGAUGACCCACCACUCUGAAGCCUCCCCCCCUCCCCCCCCCUAAUUAAAAACCUACCUUCCCUAAUCGAAAGUUAAUAACAGAGAGUGAAAUUGCACCUAACACAGAUAGCAAUGUCUGUCGCGGUGAUGGACAUUGGCCCACUUUGUUUAAUGUGAUUACCUGCUAGAAUCGUAUAGUUUUAUUGUUGGUGUACAUAAGUAUUAACUCACUGUUAUGCUAUUUAAUUACUUAUUUAACGCAACAGUUUUAACUGCAAAAGCGAACUGUGCUGUAUUGUCUUAACUAAAGGUAACCGUUAACUUAGCUUGCUUCUAUGCCCUCACCUCCUCCCUCUCCCCCCUCUCUUUUAGGAAUUCUACAACAGGGCGGGUUGUUCAAAGCUGGGUUAAGAUAACCCAAGGUUAGUUCGAAAUUUGAAUUCAGAUAUGAGAGCUUAAAAAGUAAAUUCAGUUUAAUUCUUUUUGUCCACAAGUUGAUGAUUGGAUGCUCUUAAAAAUAACAGAGAAAUUAUCCGAGAAAAUGCUUUUGAACAACAGAAAAUGGAACCUGGUUUAAAAUGAACCAUGGGUUAAGCGCUAAUCGGCCUUCGAAGAACUGGGCCUAGGAGCUUAAAAGGAAAAAAUGGCUGGCUUAACCCCUGAAAAACUUACAAUCAGUAUCAUAGACAAUAGCUACGUUUUAAAUUUUAAGAUCCUCCGAAAAGUAUCAUUGAAUGACUUGGUAUUAACAAGUAAUAUGCAAAUUCCCAAAAACUUACGUUACGUAUCAUAAUCAAUAACUAUUGUCUUUGAGAUGUUGUUAAUUUGUGGUAUAAUAAAUUGUUGGACAGUUUCUGCAUAUUCUUAGUACGAUUUUGUUCUGGGAAUUGUUCUGUAUAUGACUGACAACGAUACCGUAAAAUUCCGAAAAUGAGCCACGGGGCUAAUAUUUUUCAAAGGCCCUUUUUGAGGGGCUUAUUUUUGGAGGGGCUUAUAUUCGGAGGGGCUUAUCUAUGGAGGGAAAUUUGCGUUUCAAAAAUCGAUUGUGCUAGCCUAAUAGUUGAAAGGAAAUUUACCUUUUUUGCUUUGCAUUACUUUGUAUUUGAGGGCAAUUGCCAAGUACAAGCCCCCCCCCCCGGGGGGGCUUAUAUUUGGAGGGGUGCGUUAACGGAGAGUUUUUUUGCGUUACGAGUUUGGGGGGCUUCGUUGGAGGGGGUUAUACACGGAGGGGCUUAUUUUCGGAAUUUUACGGUAUUUUUGCGAACGCAAUGCUGCGGUGAAAAAAAAAAAAUGAAAGUAGAUUUUUUGCUCCUCAAAAGCCGUCAGUGUAAUCAAAGGUGUCUGCCAGUGUGGGUAUCAACAAGGACAUACUAUUUAAUACCCUCCGUAGUCUUUUCCCCGGGUACGAGUGCGAGAGGAUGCUGGGCACGAGGUUGCUUGUCUCGUGGCUUUUUUCCAUCCCGAGAAGACCGUUGAAAACGUUUUAAAAUUAAAAUAACUGAAUUUUUUUUCAAAUCAGUCUGUUAACCGUGAGAGAACGUAACCGAAUACCGUAAACGCCACCAUCCAAAUUGGGAUCCUGGUGCAAAACGCUGUUAGGUCAAAUCCCUGACUCCCCGUGGCCAUUGAAGACGGGGGUGGAGGGUACUCCCUGUUAGUGGUCUAUACGGGAAUGAGCCGCUGGAGCGGGUAUGGUUUUUUACCUCUCUGUCCUAAACAGAGUAUACAAUUUCGUGUGAGUCUGAUCUGUCCUAAAAAGGAUUUAUAAUUUCCUGUGAGUCUAUCAAAAGGGUAUUACCUGAACGAUUGAUUUGAUUUGUUGCGUUAAUUUUAUUUGUACUCCAAGUAUGCAACAGCAAUGACUAUAACGUGAUUUGGACUAUAGCAAUUGCCAAUAAAUGGCUUUAAAACAAUACGGCCUGCAUUUUGUUCUCUGUUCUAAACAGGGUAAUAAAAUUGAGGGCGUUGUCCUACUGCAGGGUGUGUAUUUAAGGAUUUUUUUUUCCUAACAAGGGUAAGGGUUUGAAACCCUCAUCGGCUCACCUAUACCCAAAUAUUGAUCGAGUACCACCCCCCCUCCCCCGAUCUGUAAUUGUCGGCUCAUGGUCUGCGUAGCAAGUACAACCUUGUCCCCAGGUCGCUUUUCUCUGGCUUUUCAGAUGGAGCGCCCACCUCCAAACCCAGGAAAAAGCGACCUGGGAACGAGGUUGUACUUUCUACCUACCCCUCCCCUAAGCCAACAUUUUGCCCUAAGUGAGAAGUAAGUGUAGAUGUUGGCUUAGGGGAGGGGUAGGUGGGCAGUUUCCCUGAAACGUAUAAUGAUCCGAACAGGCUACGUAGCAAGAGGCGGCUGUACAGUAUACAGGCUAGGGACUGACGUUAAUUCCGAUCGAGUUAUUGUGCGAAAGUUGGAGAGAGAGAGAGCAACCAUGAAAAGAGGAAUGAAGGGGGAGGUGGAGGGAAAAAGAGGAAACGCUUCCCCGCAAACCCCACGAUUCUAUAAAAUGCGCCAUGAUAUUUCUCUGUUUCCUCUUUUCCUCGUUCGUCUCUUUCACGCAAUACUCGUCACUCGAUAGGAAACGCUCGUUACCCAGGCAACGGGUUUUCACGUAUUCCCCCUUGCAAUUUCUUGUAGAGACUUUUCUCUUUCCUCGCCCACGUGUUUUCUCGUCUCGUCCUAUUAAAUCUCUUAUUGUAACGCCAUCUCUGGCUGGAAUAAGAAUUGGACGGAUUUUAAGAGAAAAGGAGGAUUCUCACCCCCUCCUAGGCUCAGUUCAGUUGUGUAGGAGCUGCUCGUAAGGUCUCUCCUGAUUGGUCGCAGAAAACAAUGACAUGUCAUUCUUUCAAUUGUUUCAGUAUUGUUUGGGGUCUAGGGUUAGGCACAUGCCGCUCAGUCUCAAAUAGCCUUGAGUGUCUCGAUGCGCCCGCGUUACUCCCCAACCGACAGCUCCUAAAACUCCCGGCUCAUGACUCAUAGAAUCCAAAUCUAAUCUCGUUUAAUUUUCAAUUCGAUUUCGUCAUCGGCCCGUGAAGGUAUACGAGAGAGAGUGCAGUGCAUGCGUCAAAUCAACCCUCGGGUGGGAAGUAUCGCGGGCCCAGACCGGAGACUGAGCCUAUUAACUAAAGCCUAACCCCCUCCGGGCAAGUCUUUUAUUUCCCGCAUGGAUUUCUGGGACAUUCCCCUCUGGUGUGCAAGUCGGUGCAAGUCUUGGGGAUGUAGUUUAUACAUUUCGGGAUAAAACAUCAACUUGUUCUUGGCAGCAAUCGACAGCAAGGUUAGUUUGCAUCCUUUUAAUUGAAAUAACUGCAUUGUUUGCGCUUUGGAGGGGUAACAACUGAUAGCCACCACAAGAUUUUACUUUACUCACUUCCGCUUUGCGUGGUACAUUCUCGAAACGUUAUUCCCUCUAUCCUGCAUUCCAUGAUCGUUUCAGUUUCUUUAUACCCACUGGAUGAAUUAGCAAUUGAGUUGAUACAGUUUUAACGAUCACUGUCCUCCUUAGGAAAGAACUCGGCCUGUGGAGAAGACUUGCAGACUUUGAAAGACUACGGGCUUGAAAGAGUCAGUAAGCUUAAAUUGAGUUGAAACAAAUGUAGUUCAAGAAGUCGGGAACAGGUAAGUUGUCUGCUUUUCUUUAUUAAUUCCGAAUCUAUUCGUAUUAUCUGUUCAUAUUCUUGAUUUUCGUGUGCAUUAAAAGGCAGUCAUGUUACUGUUCAAAACAUUACAAUGGUUUUUCGCGGAGUUUGCAUGAAAUUGAUCACUAAAUAUAUGGCCGCCGUGACGUCACUUGCAAUCUUUGCUAAAUCGGUCACGCGAACGAAAAUUCAGGCUAGGGUAUUACAAUUAAAUCUCCGCCAAAAUUUAACGAGUUCCUUUUAAAAUCUUUGUUAGCAUUUGUCAGUUAUUGCAGUUGCCAUCACAUCAAUUGAACUUGUCAUCAAACUUCAAAUGUAAACAAUCAUGACAAUUAUGUAUAAAAUAAUUAACAAUUAUUGGAUGAAGUUGAGCAAAAUAUCGUGAUUUGCAAGUGGAGAGUCGGCUGAGGCAAAUAACUGAUCUGCGAGACAGUGAUAUCCUGUGUACAGACCUCCCUCCUCUGAGGAAAAACUGGAGAAGGGGCAUCUGUGAUUCACUGUUGCUAUUCGUGUGUGGAGGCCACGUGAUUGUUCCCGGAAUGUGUGGAAACUGAUUUGAUUGGCUGUUAUUCGUAGAUCACUACAUCAUGUAAAUGAGGGAUUUUGAUUGGCUUUAGGGCCUGUCGUCAAAACAUGUUACUCAAUGCACUAUGAUGCAAAAUCUAGCCACAUGCUGGAAAGAAAAGCUCUAAGGAAAACCUCUGUUACUCAAACUAACUCUAAGGGCAUGUUUCACACUAUCACGAGCUUAUGAGUCGUGUCUGACCUGUCAACACUUUAUUUCAAACUAAUGACUUUCCGUAUCCAGUGGGAAGGCUUGCAUAAGAUCAUGGAUCUUUUCCUUCAAUAAUAUGGGCUUGCAAGAACAUUUUUCUUGCUCGGUAUUAAGUAAACCAAUUUUAAAAAUCUCUCUCUCUCUCUCAAUUGCUCAAUGAGAAUAAGUUGCAUGCACCGACAUUUUGAGAACUGGAAUGACAGGAAACAUGAGCCACAGAAUUUUUGGUCAGCAGAAACUAUUUUUUAUUUAUGUAAAAUUAUUCCCAUACAUGAUUAGUGACGGUGAAUCACAGACGCCUGUUCUUUGAUUUUUCCUGAGGGAAGGGGGGUCUGUACACAGGCUAGACAGUGACAAAUCACGAUAUUUUGCGAUAACUGAGUUCAAUAAUUGUUUUAUCAUUUGAUCACCAUGUAUAUCCUUGGGAAGCAAAGCGAUCUGCCAUUUUCACGCAAGGAGAAAAGCGUGGUUUACAUACAUACACACAUACAUACAUACAUUUAUUUGAUAAAGCAGGUUAAGUUACAUAAAAAUGGCAGCGAAAGGCUGAUGAGGACCUGCAUCUAAAAUAAGUUAAAUAAAAAGUAAGAUGAUGUAAAAUGUAUGAAUAAAAUCAAGUUAAAAAUAUACAUAGUCAUUGUGUUUGUUAGCUAUUGUAGGAGCUCUAAAUGAGAAAUUAUUAAUGUCCUUGGAAAAUCUACGUAAAAUUUGCUUGAAAUUGUCUUUACUUAUCGUCUCAUUUAUAUUAAUUAAUCUAUUCAGAAAUGUCCAAAUUGUUGGUCCUCUAUAUUGAAUAGAUUGUUUGCCAAUUUCAAACACAGGUAGACAACAUUGCGCAUGAGCAGACCAUUAUUUGUAGGCAGUUGUUUGCAGGUCACAUGGUGGGCUCUUGGCCAAUGAAAAGAAACAAAAAUUUGCUUCAAAUGAUAAUGAUAAUGGCUCAGUCAAUUCUAAGCGUGCCCAUCCCCCGUGGGGAUUUGUCAGGAAUUUGUCAUCUUGUCAGUCCUGGCAGUGGGGAAUUUGUCAGAAAACCUCUGCUUGGGGGUGGGGCAUUUGUCAAUUCUUCUGGAAGUGAUUGACAUUACUCCUUUUUCAAUAUAUCACUUAAAAAUGUGCCUGUUUAGAUAGCUAUGUAUAGAUACAUAAAGAAUAAUUUUAAUACAAUUAUAUGCUUUAAAAGAUACAUGUGGUUUUUCUACAUCCCUCACCAUCCUACCUGACAGUAUUUUUUGCAUCCGUGUAAGAAAUUGCUUCCUGCCAUCAAGAUCAGUUUGCUCAAAUUAUAAGGAAAAACAAUAUACAUCAUUUGAAGAAUUUAAAGGAAAAAACAGUUUUUUUGAAAAACUCUGCAAGAUAUAGAAGGCUAAUAUAGACUUUGACAGAACGUUUCCAUCGUGAUGAAAAAAUGUUAAUCUAGUCAGUUGUUUGUUUAUCUUUCACCUUUUUAAAUAGCUUUGAAAAUAAAAAAGAUAGGUAUUAAUAAAAUCUAGUUAAUACGUAGUUCUCUCAUUGAUAUUGCUUUUAUUACUAAUGUAAUGUUCAUUUGAUCAUUUUUAUGAAUACCUGCGCAAUAUAAAUGAUUAAAUUUUUAUUAUUAUUAACGAUGUGGUCUGGGCAUGCUUGGAACUGACUGGUAUGAGCCUUUUAAAAAAUAGUAGCUGAUUCAUGCAUUACUUGUUCAGUAUUUCAAUGCAGCUAUAGAACUUAAAAGUAGUCGGCCCAUGCAGUGAUGCCUUAAAUAAUUGGCAUUUUUCCUUGUGGAUGAGAUAAUGCUUUCAAUUCUUCUCUAUUUUUUGACAUUUAUUAUCGAAUAUUCCUAAUGUAGGUUGAAAACCAAAUGAAAAUUGGGCCUAAUAAAUAAUCAUCCAAUCAAUGUUGAUAAUGUGAUGCUUUAGAUGAGGCCCUCUUUGAGUGGGGUGGGGGGGAGGUGGUAUGAAUGUCCCUGGCCAGAAUUUCAAAUAGGCAAGGAUGUGCUCUAAUGGCGCCCGGUUGCCUGAGGCGACUAACAUUUAGCUUCAGGCGAGUGAGAAAAAAUUCCCAGUCGCCCAGCCGGGCAUUCUCGCUUCUAAUACAGUGUCUAGUUAAGCAAGCAAAAAAUUUAACAUAUUGGUGUUGGUUUGUUAAGUCAGAGUUCACUAAACUCCACAGAAAAUGUUUUUUGUACGAAACAAACGGGCGCGCGUCGAUGUUCAGCGGUGUUCUUCCAACCUUGUCCCCAGGGUCUUCUCGCUUUCCAAAAUGGUGGCCGCAGGAGAGAAGACCCUGGCACACAGCAGAAAUCACGUGACUGAUUUGUCCAUGGAGAGUGGAAAUUUAUUCAAAAUGGUGGCCAAGAUAAAGAGUGAGAGGAUCUGGGUAUGAGUUUGAUCUGCCGCGUGAACUCCAAUUCGGCAGCACUCCUUUUUUUUGCUCUCGUCCCAACUUUCUUGACGCACUCGUGCAGAAAUGCUUGCUCGCAGGCUACGAAAACUUUGAUGGGUUUCAUAUGAUAAUAUGUGGGUUUUUGUCACACCCAAAAGCUAAAAUUACCAAGUUUGGUGAUCAACAGGCCAGUAAAAUUAGUGUGCGUACAAAAUACUUCUUUGUCAGAUGUACCCAGGUGGUCGACCAACUUGAAGCCCUGGGCACCCUAGCUUGAAUGUUUGGGAGCCCGAAGGGCUCCCCAAAAUUUUUAUUCAGGCAACCAACUUUGAGUUCUGGGCACCUUAGCUAAAAUGCUUGGGAGCCCAAAGGGCUCCCUGAAAUUUUCCUUAGAGCACAGCCUUGAAUAGGGUCGUUUCAUGUUUUGAGGAGUAGGCCAUGUCGCUGUUGUUACACCAUAAUAUUGAACCCAUCUUUAUGUUGUUUGUUGCCAUUUCAUCUUGUCUUAUGUCACUGGUUCAAGGCUAUGUCACUUGUCAGAGUUUUGCCCCUACAGGGCACCUCGUACAUGUGUUAUUGAGAACUAAGGAUUUCAUUUGCAUUUCCAGUACUUAUUUUGCAGAGACCUACUAAUUCUUUCAGUUAUCAAUGAGCACAAUUUUGUCAGCAUAUAUUAGAAACAGCACAGUAAUCGUUAUCAUGUUAUGAGAUUGCUUAUACACGGAGGUGGUGGUAGUAAUGUAAUGUCAGCAAUGCGGUAGUGGCAGUUGCAGCUGUUACACUGAGAGGGGGCUGUAACACCUGCAUGUAGGCUCAAUUGGUAAAUGAGGUAGGGUGAGAGGGUAAUAUUAUUGUUGGUAACCAGGAGGGAGGGA